AUGUCGGACAAGCCCAACAAACUCGCGUUUCUGUCCAUGCAGGCACCCGCCGGCUACGUCGCGGGUCUCGGACGUGGUGCUUCGGGAUUCACGACACGAGCGGAUAUCGGACCUGCUCGUCUGACCGCUUCCUCGUCCGAGCACAGGUCGAACGGCAAUGCGGACGACGCCGAUGACCCCGACGAUGAUGGACCGGGUGACGAAGAGCAGGCACGCUUCCAGGAUCCAGAGAACGAAACUGGCUUGUUCGCCGGCGCCGUGUACGAAAAGGACGACCAAGAGGCGGAUCGGAUUUGGGAAGCUGUCGAUGCAAAGAUGGACUCACGCCGCAAGAAGUUCAGAGAAGCUCGCCAGAAGGAAGAGAGAGACAGGGCGAGAGCAGAAAAGCCACUGAUCAGCGCCCAGUUCGCCGAUCUCAAACGUGGGCUUAGUAGUGUCACAGAAGACCAGUGGGCUGCGCUCACCGAAUCCGGAAGCGUCACGGGCAAGCGGCGCAAGGCAGCAGCGAAACGAGAAGCGCGCAAUACGCGCUCGUUUGCCAUCUCGGAUACGAUCCUGGUCGGAAAUCGCGAUAGGAACGCCGUAGUGUCGGCGCUCACUCCGGACCAGAUGCAAGAUGCUGACCAGGACGCCGGAGGAACGAUUACUUCGCUCACCGAAAUUGGUGAAGCAAGAAACAAGAUCUUGUCACAUCAGCUAGAUCAAGCCUCGGCCUCUGGCACAGCUACCUCGAUCGAUCCGAAAGGAUACCUCACCGAACUUUCGUCCACAGUGAUCAAGAGCGAUGCCGAGAUCGGAGACAUCAAGAAAGCGCGCAGCCUGCUAGAUUCCGUGAUCAAAACCAACCCUUCUCACGCGCCUGGCUGGAUUGCAGCCGCGCGAGUCGAAGAAGUGGCAGGCAAAAUGUCAAAUGCACGCAAGAUCAUUCAGCAGGGAUGCGAUCACUGCCCACGAUCACAAGAUAUUUGGCUCGAAGCGGCGCGGCUCAAUACAAAAGACAACGCUAAAGUAAUCCUCGCUCGCUCGAUCGCACACGUCUCUCAAUCGGUCCCCAUCUGGCUCAAAGCGGUCGAGCUGGAAACCGAUAGCGAAAGCAAAAAACGCGUCCUCCGAAAAAGUCUGGAAUACAUCCCUGCCAGUGUGAAGCUAUGGAAGGAGCUGGUCAAUUUGGAGGAGAACCCAGAGGAUGCGAGGAUUCUCCUCAGUGGAGCGGUGGCGGCUGUGCCGCUGAGCGUCGAGCUGUGGCUAGCGUUAGCGAGGCUAAGCGCACCGGAGGAGGCCAAGAAGGUAUUGAACGAGGCGAGGAAGACGAUCCCGACUUCUCACGAGAUCUGGAUAGCAGCGGCGAGGUUGAUCGAAGAGACCGAGGCGGAUGAGGUCAAGGUGGAAAAGACCGUGGUCGCUGCCGUCAGAGCGUUGAGGAAGGCUGGGGUGGAGUUGUCGCGCGAUCAGUGGAUGGCAGAAGCGGAGCAGGUGGAGAGGCAAGGUAGUCCGAUGGUGUGUGGAGCGAUUGUCAAGGCAACCAUCGAGCUGGAUGUCGACGAGGAGGAUCGACGCGCCGUGUGGGUGGGGGAUGCAGCAACAGCGUUAGAGAAAGGGUGCGUCGAGGUGGCGAGGAGUAUCCUGGCGUAUACGUUACGCGUCUUCCCCGACCGACCAGCGAUCUGGACACAAGCUGUAGCGUUGGAGCAGCAGCACGGUAGCCAAGAAAACGUAAUUGCGCUAUUGGAACGCGCAGUGACAUCGUGUGCCAAAGCCGAAGAUCUAUGGCUUGCCUUGGCGACUGUCCACCGCGACGCGGGCGACACGGCCGCGGCGAGGCAAACGCUCAUCCGCGCGUUUGACGCCAACAUCGGGAGCGAGAAGAUCUCGCUCGCUGCGGCACAGCUCGAAUCGAGCCAGGGACAGCUGGUAGCUGCCAGGCGGCUGCUUGAACGCGCGCGUGUCGAGGUGGGUUCAGCACGCGUAUGGAUGAAGAGCGCACAAUUCGAGCGCGAUCACGGAUAUACCUCUACUGCUCUGUCGUUGAUCGAUGAGGCGCUGGUGCAAUUCCCUCAAUUCGCCAAGCUGUACAUGAUGGGAGCGCAGCUCUCUCAGCACCUCUUCUCUGGCGAAGAGAGCGUCAAGAAAGCACGAGAAUAUCUGGGCCGAGGAAUACGUUGGUCUCCCAACUGUGAUGCGCUAUGGAUCCUCGCUGCUCGACUGGAAGCAUGCGCUGGUCUCACCAUUCGCUCGCGCGCGCUGCUCGAACGUGCGCGCCUCUCGAAUCCCUCGUCACCGCUCAUCUGGUACGAAUCCAUCACCAUAGAGCUCUCUUCUUCUCCUCCGAAUCCUACGCAAGCCCGAACGCUCCUCUCUCGCGCACUUCAAGUCCUCCCUGAUUCCGGCCUGCUCUGGGUUCUCGCCAUCGCCCUCGAACCGCGCGCAGGUCGCAAGACCAAAAUGACCGACGCUCUACGAAAAACCGCUGAUGACAGCUACGUACUCGCCACCGUAGCCCAACAGUUCUGGCUAGAGGGCAAACCCGCUCAGGCUCGCAAAUGGUUCCAACGCGCAACCCACGCCGCUCCAAACAUUGGCGACCAUUACGCUAUCUGGUACAAAUUCGAACAACAACACGGCACACAGCAUCACAUCGACACACUUCAUACCCUCGUCCUCGACGCUAAGCCAAAAUACGGCCUACUCUGGCCUCAGAUACGAAAAGAUCCAAAGUACAAAGAUCGCACCAAUGUAGACGUGCUCAAGUUGGUAGCAGACAAGAUUGUUCCGCUCAAGUGA